AUGGCGGCUCGCGGGAUGGGGCUAGUCAUCAUAAAUGUUACGACGCCAAAUUUGAUGUUCUCGACAAUUGUACCAUCGUUUAACUCAUCAAACAUUACUGAACUAGGCCCUCUUGUUCUCGUCGCGCUGAUCUAUAUGCUAAUCGGCAUGACACUGUCGUGGAUCAUCAAGCAACUCUUUUGGGUUCCUCACAGAUUCCGGCAUGGAAUUCUUGUGGCUGGAGGGUGGGCGAAUAUCGGUGAUGUCCCUAUCUCUGUGGCCCUGAGCAUAAUGGCGUCAGCCCCUUUCAAUGGAACCGAUGAUGAGAACCUGGCAGUCACACUGUUUCCUCUUGGCGGACACCGACCGCCGGAGCAGGAAGAAAUUGGAGUCUUGACAUUAACGAAUGAACAUCUGCUGUCCUACCGAGUUUCUGGAUCCUACUUCUCCCUCACUUACAUCCGUACAGCCCGUCUUCCUGACUCUAUCACCGGGCACAUCGCGGUGACGCAUACUCAUUGGUUCCACAAGUUCAUCAGUCUGACCUUCGGAUUCCUGCGAUCCCUCCUGGCUCCCCCGUCUUUGUCGAUCAUCAUCUCAUUUAUCAUUGCCAUUACUCCUCCAUUGAAGGCACUUUUUGUUCCAGGCGUUCCAGGCACGCAUAUAUCUUCAGCGCCCGACGGCCAACCUCCACUCGCACUUAUCAUGAAGACGGCUACCUUCAUUAGUGGCGCAUCAGUACCAAUGGGUUUGAUUACCCUUGGGUCUGCUCUUGCCAGACUAAGCAUCCCGCGAAAUCAGUGGAGCUCUCUCCCUCUCGGUGCCAUCGGGAGUUUGGCUGUUGGCAGGCUCGUCGUGAUGCCUGUUCUGGGCAUCCUUAUUUGCCAGCAAUUCACACGUAUCGGACUGAUAGACCCCUCUAACAAUGUCCUCAGAUUCAUCUGCAUCCUCUUGUCGGGCUUGCCCACCGCGACCACACAGCCAUCACUUCCUUCACACUUCAUAUUCUCUUUGGAUGAUGCCCCUGGAGCAGGGAUGUAUGGAUCACGUUAUGUGCGGGUUUAG